AGCUCACACCCUCACAAGUCGAAGGGCAAGCUCAGCUGCAGCCAUGGGCGGCGCCAGCUCAGGGUUUGAUCAACUGCAGGAGCCAUUCGACAGUCGGCAGUUCCAGCAGGCGCUCAGCCAAUGGCUGGCGCCCUUGCGCAUGGACUGCACCAAGCCGCUGCUGCUAGGCUGGUACAAUCACACCCGUGCUGUGACGGCUGAUGGCACGCAGAAACUCGAGGGGCCAGAUGAUGCAGUUGCAUUUGCGAUAUGCUCUUUGCCCAGAUACUUGGAUACCGUUGUGGACUACUACGCCAGAAAGCGGCCAGCGAAGGACUUGGUCGACGCUGCGACUAAUGAAAUUCUGGAACAGCUUCGUGCUGUCAUCCCAGCAUCACUUGAUGCUCAGAUCAUCAACACCGAUGUAGGACCCCCCUACGUCCAUGUGCAAACGGUCGGAGCGGUUUGUGGGGAAGAUCAGCAUAUCGAGGCCAAGGAUGUGCAAAGUGAUGGGCGGAAGGAAUGGCAAGAGGACCUAGAAGAUCGUUUAGAGGAAACGCGCGACCCAAAGAUGUGGGGAACCGAAUCUGAGAUGCGGCGGAAGAUCUUCGGGGUUAACAUUCAUCCGGUUUGGGGAGGGUGGUACGCUUACCGGGGCCUCAUUGUUCUCCGCAACGGGAAGCAGGCUUCCCUGCAGAAGCCCGAGCCGUUGGACUUCUUGAAGGAUGAGGACAAGAUGCGAAUACUCACGGAGUACAACCAGAGGCACCAAAUGUGCCUGUGGCGGGACCUGCCAGAUCAUGCGCCUGAGAACAGGUACAGUCCAGAAGAGUUCUUCUUCUUCACGGAGACGUCUCCGGACAAGCGGAGGCGAUUCCUGGAUCUGAAAGUGUCACAUUUACCCGCUGCGGCUCCUGCUUAGGGAAAGUUUUGAUGAGUUUUGCAGACCGACGACCAGAGAUGCAGAAAA